CCAUCAGUUGAAACCUGCAGCUUAUGUGAGCAGAAUGAAAAGGUGCCAACGAGAUGUGGUUGCCACAUGUUAUACCUGCCAAAAGAAAUAUGCAUCACAGAAGGGGUUUAACUCUCAUGUUCUAAAAGAAAGACAUUUUCCUGUACCAGCAGAGUACCCCUCAUUCUUCCCAUUCGAUGAUGGCUCAGAUGAUGUUAGUGCAAUGUCCCAAACAGCAAAGUGCUCUUUUGAAGUAAAAGGGAGUACCAAAUCAGAGUUUGCAGCGCAAGAAAUAAUAUAAAGGAUUAUGUGUAAAGGAUUGUUGUUCAGAUGCUCUUCUGUCAGACAAUCUCUGAUGGAAAAUCAGGGAAGAACUACAAAACACUUCAAUCUUUGCAAACUGACCGAUGUAUACAGUUCAUCUCGUCAUAGAGACCACAAUCCUGCAUUCCCUAUCAAUAUCAAUCAGCAGGACCAACUAAACUAAUGGGUUAAAAAAAAACACUGUAUGCGAUGACCCUAAAGGCCGUUCUAUUUCAGAGAAACUCGAUUAAUGGCUUUUUUGUUUUUUUGUACACACUCUGUUUUCACACUUGUUGUU